UUUCUCCGGUCAUGUAGCCUGAAACCUCAUUCACACUCUUGGGUGAAGAUCAGUGGUGCAAGACCAGCUCUCACACAGCCCUUUCAAGUGGUUCCAAUCUAGCAGUCUCUACGCGUGUUGUACUUAGCACUCAUCUGCGUCUGAAGAAUCCCACAUGGGCGCCCUCCGGCGGUACUCCGACUGCCAAGCGGAGGUCGCACGGAAGCUCCUCGCAUCCCUCCCCCCAGCGGAGAGCUCCGUCCCCACCCGCUACCGCCACACUGGCGCACCGAAUAAGCCGUGCGAAAGCACGAGCCGCGAUCCCAACGCCGGAAGCACUGUCAUGGGGAACGGCAGCAAUAGGAGGAGCCCCGCACCGCCCACAGGGGGCGCCGGUGACGGAGAGUCCUCAUUGUUGGGCGGCAGCAACAGCAACAGCAGUACUACUAACAAACGCACCGCGAGCAGUAAGGUCGGGGCACAGGCUGCGCACGGCCACGCCGCGGGUCCGCGGAAGGAGCCCGAGUCGGUCAAGGCAAGGCGGUCGAGCGGCGACUGGAGCGACGGGGCGAACCCAGUCGGGAUCCUCGACGACAUCGGCGAUCUCUAUGCGACGAACGACGGCGACGCGGCGGCAGGUUCGCUGCGCAACAACUCGCAGCAGGCGCAAGACCCCGGCGCCAGGCGUGCCGCCCCCCCGCAGCAGGCGCUGGUUGCAUCUGACGCGCGUGCCGGCCGCCGACGAUCGUUCGACGGGAAGAUCGACUGGCUGAAGAACCACGCUAAGGCGGCUGGCGGCGGCAUGGGCGCCGUCGGCGCACCUGUUUGGGUGACGGAUUGCGGGGAUCUGUACGGCAACGAGGAGGGCGACCACAUGGCGAUGACGUGGAACGGUGAUGACGUGGAGGUGAACUCGCCAGCAGACGGCGAUCGAUUAACUGCCGGCAGCGAGGUGGCGCAAGCAAGAGGCCGCGCGCAAUCCACUGGCAGGGGCAGAGCCUCCGCGGGUCGGCCGGCCCCGCGGGCGCAAAGGGGGGCGCAAGCGCCAGAGGCGGCGUGGCUUCCGCCUCGUGCGGCGCGGAAGCCGCCUCGCGUAGAGGACGACGAGGAGGAGAGUGGGGGGAGCGACAGCGGCGGCAGCGGCGGCGGGGGGAUGGUGAUUCGGCGGCACACGGUGGGCGUCGACGGGCGGGAAAGACGGGCGGCGAGCACGGGCAGGGCGAGAACGGCGACUCGGAAGAGCGGAACUGGCGGGCUGAUUGACCUUGCACCGAGGAUUAACGUGCAAUCAGUGUCGCCGAAUCACGGCGUUGUGGCGGCGACCGCGGCGGCGGCGGAGGAGGAGGACGACGAUGGGGAGGAGGGCGAGUGGAGCAGUCCCGAGCGCAGCCUGCGGCGGUCCUGCACUGUUGACAGCGCGGCACGGCGAAGGCCCCCGGAUAUAUUGAAGGGGAGAAGCGGUAGAAUGCCGCCCGCGCCGGAGUUUGGCGGGUCUCCGCCCGCGGGCGGCGUGCCCGUGAGGGGCGCGCACGAGCGGACCGGGUCCUCUGGGAGCGCGGGGCACGGCGGUGUCUUGGACUGGGACGCGCAAAACCAUCGCGCGCCGCUGCCGCAGCCGCAGCAGCAGCAGCAGCAGCAGCAGCAGCGGCGGCGCGGGGAAGGCGGGGAGGACGAUCAGCAGUGGAUGCAGCGGCAGCCUCCGCAAUGCGUCAAAGCGGCGCUGCGCGCACGAGUGGUGGGACGCCUCGCGGGCAGUAGUGCCGCAAGCGGCGGUAGCGGCGGCGCUGGCGGAAAGCCGUUCUUUCCCAUGGGGACUCCGCCUCCCCCUCAUCUUCCGCAGCAUUGGUCGGGUCCGCUUCCGCCUUCUGCGUCCGCCACCACUAAUUUCAUCCCCCCGCACCUUCUGUCAUGCCGCCCCUCCGCUAACUCCUCCCGUUCGAUUUCCGCCCCGCCGGCGCGCUCACUCGCUCCGCCCUCCGCGCUAGGUCCGGCGCUCCAAGCGGAGGAGGACGCGCAGCAGCUUCCGCCUCCCCCUCGCCUGCUGCGCACGCUGUCGUCCCUCUCCUCGUCCUCCGCGCGCUCCUCCUGCUCCCACAUUUCCACCAGCUCCGCUCCCGCCGGUCCCAUUGCGCCGCCCGCCCUCCGCGCGCGCGUGGAGGCUGGGGGAAGCAAGCAGAUAAGGCGCGGAGCGGGCGCGCAGAGGCCAGAGGGCGGAGGAGGGGAGGGCGGAGCAGCGGGCGCGCAUGGUUGGAUGGGGCCGGGGAGGGGUGUUGGGGAGGGGAAGGCUGGGGGGAAAGAGAGCAGCGGGAGGGGGAAGCCUGGGGGGGGGGUAGUGAGGGGGAAGGUGGCGGAGAGAGUGGCAGUAGGGAAUGGUGUACAACGAGUGUACCUGAAUUGAUAUGUUUAUGUGGGGGUGCUAAGGUGGGGGAGGCUAAUAUGGGGAAUGCAGCUGGUCCCUACUGAAACUAGCAGGGGAUACCUUACCACACUACCACUACCACUGCGCUACGUGAUGAUGCUCUUAUAGAGGAUACUGGUGACCAGGAACCAGUGGGGCCUUUUGUCUUUUAGUCCUGAGGAGAGCAGGCAGCUGUGGAUGUCGCCGCAUUGGGGCAUGCUAUCUGCUAUACUUGGGGCUGGCUGGCCGCUGGGCUGCUUCGGAUCGGCAGUGGCUGACUGGGCAUACGCUGACUGAAGCAGCACGCUGCGGCGUCCACGGCUUGUCAAACGAGUAAGCAUGGACGGCUCCCACUCCACUAACCUUUUUCCUCCCCCUCUAGCUCCUCUCCUCCCCUCCUUUCCUCCUAUCCUCCCCCUCUCCUCCUCCUCUCCUCUCCUCCUCCCCUCUCCUCUCCCCACUCACUGCAUGUCACUUUGGCCUCUGGGAACCUCGUAAGUUAGUCCUCCAUUUUCUCUCCUCCCCUGCGCGCACCUGUCUCAAGUUUCAACCAACUCACCCUAGUGGACUCACAUUUUUCCCCAAGCAUCUGCCCUUUUGCUGGGCACCGCUUGGCUCUCCCCCACUUGUUACACGCUGCCCCCUGUCCCGGUGGGCCUCCCUUUCCCAUCCCGCCCUGUUUCCUCCCUCUCCUCCUUUCCCGAUUGACGUGACAUGACUCUCUUUUGCAUGGCGGCUUAUGCCCUUGCAUGGCAUGGCAUGGCACAUAGUAAGGCCAUGGUGCUCCGAGCGCCAAACGCCUAGCGCCAAGCGCCAAGCGCCACUGACUGCUCUUCCUGUUCACACAUGCCAGGGGAGGGGAUGCUAUGCUCUAAAUGUACUUGUUGACCUCUCCUGCUGUACUGUACUGUACUAGUAUGUAAUGUGAUGUGACCCUUCAUAUAUGGUUACCUGGAAC